UGCUCUGUAGUUAUGCCUUUUAAUUACAAUGAGUUCCAGUGGUAAUUCUUCAACCACAGUAGGGAGUAGUACUGAUGAUACAGAUGCUAAUUAUCCCUUAUGGAAGUAUGUGACUGUGUUAGAAAGAAUUGGGAAAAAGGGAGGAAAUGUGAAGUUUGAAUGUAAAUAUUGCCAUAAAAGUUAUGUGGGAUCUUAUUCCCGUGUGUUAGCUCAUAUACUUGAGAUCAAGGGACAAGGAAUAGCUACUUGCAAUUUUGUGACUCCUCAAGUUAAAUUUGAGAUGCAAGAACUUACUCACGAAGCUGAACAUUUGAAGAGGUCGAAAUCUUCGUCUAUCCCACUCCCACCUACUUCAAAUCCACAUGGUGGAAUGUCACAUAUGGGUGGAAGUUCACUUAUGCCGGAUGUUCAAUUGAAAAAAAGAAAGGGUGUUAAUGAUUCAGCUGUGGCAAAAGCUUUCAAUAACAAAGCUCGAGAACAGUUGAGGGGUGAAAUUGCUAGGAUGUUCUAUUCCUCUGGAUUGUCAUUUCACUUGGCUAGAAAUCCUCACUUUAUAAAUUCCUACACAUUUGCAUCCAACAACAACAUUGCUGGCUUUAUUCCAACCGGUUAUAAUGCAUUGAGGACUACACUCCUUCAGAGGGAGAGGGCAAAUAUUGAAAGGUUGUUAAUGCCAAUCAAAGAUAGUUGGAGUGAAAAAGGUGUAAGUAUUCUCUAUGAUGGAUGGGGGGAUCCUCAAAGAAGGCCACUCAUCAAUAUUAUGGCGGUCACAGAGAGUUCUCCAAUGUUCUUAAGAGCUGUCAAUUGUGAAGGUGAAAUUAAAGACAGGUUCUUCAUUGCCAAUUUGUUGAAAGAGGCAAUAAUGGAAGUUGGACCGAGAAGUGUGGUUCAAGUUGUUACGGAUAAUGCCCCGGUAUGCAAGUCCGCAAGGUUGAUCAUUGAGUCACAAUUUCCUCACAUCUUUUGGACACCUUGUGUGGUGCACACUUUAAAUCUUGCUUUGAAGAAUAUUUGUGCACCCAAGAAUACCGAAGCUAACCAAGUUGCUUAUCAUGAGUGUCGUUGGAUUAGUGAACUUGCAGAGGAUGCGGUGCUGGUUUAAGCUUAUCAAGCGUGGUCUGAAAGAGUUGGUUAUCUCUGAUGAAUGGGAAGCAUAUAGAGAAGAUGAUGUUGGAAAGGCUCAAAAUGUGAAGGAAAUAAUUUUGAAUGAUCUUUGGUGGGACAAAGUUGAGAGUCAUUUCUUUCACUAAUCCAAUAUAUGAGAUGCUUCGGUGUGCUAACACAGACAAGCCUACACUUCAUUUGAUCUAUGAUAUGUGGGAUUCCAUGAUUGAGGGAGUGAAGGCAUCUAUAUACUGCUUUGAAGGAAAGGAGCUUACCGAAGAAUCAAGCUUUUAUUCCAUUGUUCAUUCCAUUCUAGUUGGUAGAUGGAACAAGAGUAAUACUUCAUUACAUUGCUUGGCACAUUCUUUAAAUUCAAGGUAUUAUAGUAAGGAAUGGAUUAAUGGUACUCCAAAUCGUGUUCCUCCACAUAAGGAUCAGGAAAUUUCACAUGAGAGGAACAAAUGCUUGAUGAGUAUUUCCCAAAUGAUGAAGAAAGGACUAAGGUAACCGUGGAAUUUGCUAAUUUCUCUGCCUUUAUGGGUAUUUUUUCAUCAUAUGAUUCUAUGAAGGAUCGAGCAUCACUUGAUCCAAAAGCAUGGUGGGUUAUAUAUGGGGCUUCCACUCCUAGUUUACAAUCACUAGCGCUGAAAGUACUUGGUCAACCCUCAUCUUCAUCUUGUUCAGAGCGAAAUUGGAGUACAUAUUCCUUCAUUCAUUCCAUGAGAAGGAAUAAGAUAGUACCACAACGUGCUGAAGAUUUAGUGUUUGUACACACUAAUCUUCGUCUACUAUCGAGGAAAAGUCAUCAAUAUAUGACAGGGGAGUCUAAGAUGUGGGAUAUUGGCGGAGAUUCUUUCGAUUCUAUGGAUGGUGCAGGUAUCCUAGAGGUGGCUAACCUCUCUCUUGAUGAACCUGAAAUGGAAGGAGUUCUUUUUACAUAAAAUGUUGAUCACGUUGAUUAAGAAGAAGAAGAAGAAGUUUCUCAACAUUAAUCCAUAACUACUAGUAUAUUAUGUAAUUUUCAAGUGUGAACAAUACUCUAUAAUUGGUGUAAUAAUCGACUUUUAUUACAUUUGAAGUAGUACAAUAUGUAUGGAGUAUUUAUAUUACAUCUUACAAUUCUAUAA